AUGGUGUCCCAAACCGUUUCCGAAUUCCAUCGAAGACAGGAGUUCAACGCAGCGUCUGAAAAACAGGAGAAGAUCGAUAUCGACACGAUCUCGCUGACGUCCGAGCAGGAUGUGCGAAACAUACGGCGUACGUUUGCGUUUUCGGUCACCGUGGAAAGUGUCCAGUUCAACAUCAACCCUUCUCCCGGCAUGUGGCAAUUUACGCUGCAGCAUCCAAAGGGAGACACACCGUUCACGAGGCUCGUUCUAGAACUACUACCCGAAGCCAUCACUCCGUCGUACCGGGUUGACUUUGGAGGGGUCGCUUUAAAGCUUCUCUUCUCCACCCUACCCGACCGGAUGCUGGCCACCAUCGGGUGCGAACCCUCGAAGCUGACACUGAACGGACCGCACGAUCUGUUCGGAUUCGCCUGGCUCGACAACGGCAGCCCUUUGGUCGGUACACGCGAGAAACAACGUUCCGGUGUGGUGGUGCUGGUAAACGAGGCCGGCGAAACUGUGGCCAUUGCAACCGUUACAUGCUCUCUGGAAGAGGUGGGCCUCAACUACAACAGCCAAGUACGGUACGAUACGGUGCCGAAGCCUUCAUCAUCGUUACCGACUUGUCACCAUUCGGCUUCCCGCUCAGUGCCGUUCGAUGAAACCAUUGCCUACUAUCUGCUCGAGGAGCAGAAAGAGUGGAUGCGUAAGGAACGUGAUCGAUUUUCGGAGGAAUUGCGCGGAAAAGAACUGAAACAUUUGGAAUCUCUCACGCGGGACUGGAAGGCGAAACAAGCGACGGACGAACAGCUACUGGCCGAACGGUUGGCGUACGCAGACACGCUGGUCAAGAGCCUGGAAGAGGCACGAUGCACGGUGCUGGACUCUCGCACACCCCACACGACUCGGAUAGAGCAGAUAGAGCACCGGUUUCAGCGCCAGCUGUCGGCGAUACGGGCGCAAGCCCUUCGAUUACAGCGUAAGGCGGAAUGUCACAUCGACGAGACACGCAAACAGUGCCUUGAGCUGCAGGAACAAUCGGCCGAACAAACGAUCCAACAGCAGCAGUUGCUGGAGAGGAAUCGGAUGCUGCAGGCAGAGCUGGAUGACGAACGGGAAGCGCCCAGCAAGGAGGUGGCGGAACUGCGCCGGACGCUCGAGGAUGUCACACAAUCGAAGGCGUACUACAAGGAGCAGUGGGCGAAGCAGACACGCGAGUUGCAUCAGCUGCGGCAGGAGCUGACCAUGUGCCGCACUCCGUACCACCAGACCUCGUCGUUGGUGACUCGGCCCAAGAAGCCGUCUUCUCGAAAACCGACGACACAUUCGUCUGGAUAUGGCCGAUGA